UCUCAAUCCCUCACCACAAGAGCAAGCGGCGGCGCCAUCGACUACCUACCCGACGAUUCCUCCAUCCCGACGAUUCCUCCAUCCCGACGACGUCGAUCUAUCCGUGCCUCUCGACGACGUCGCGCACCACUAAGAGGCGAUAGCUCCAGCGCCGACGCUGACGAUUCCUCCAUCCCGACUCCCGAUCUAUUCUUGCGAUCAGAGCAAUUUGUUGAAGAGGACGAUUCCUCCAUCCCAACUAUCGCGCCGACGAUUCCUCUGUUGGGAAAAAGAAGAUAUUAUCUGCAAAAUGAAAUCAAAAAGCUCGCAGGGAAAACGAGCUCAAGCAUC